AUGUAUCCAUCCCAUCUUUAUGAUCCAUGGAAGGGGACUAUCAUCUCAACAUCAGCGUGGGCCUUCGCUCGACAAUACUCAGUCGACUAUGCCCUCCACAACGGACAUUCUGCGCGCAAGUUACAAGCAACCAGACCAUUGGACAGCCCCGUCUCACAACGGCUCAUGGCUCGGGCCUCUGGCGACCUGGAUUUCAGAAACAAUCCUUCGGGGUACCGGAAACAGUGGCCAACGAGAUAG